AUGUCUGCCAUGAACCUUUCAAGUGGAAUGGAUGUCUACAUCAACUUCAGCGAAGCCAAAAAUGGCAGUAUGACAUUGAAGGAGUUUGUACCAUGGAUGGAUGUCUGCUUGAAUUUAGCUUUUUUCAUCCUGGGAAGCUUGGGAAAUGGCUUGGUCAUUUAUGUGCUAGGAUUCCGAAUGAAGAAGAGUGGAUUCCUUACUUAUGUUCUCAACUUGGCAGUGGCAGACUUUGGGUUCUGUGCCCUUCUCCUACUUCAGAUUCCUGUCAAUUUGGCCAAAUACCAUUAUAUGUAUGGCCUGGCAGUUUGUAAAAUGGAGCAAUACCUGACUCGUGUAUUCUUUUAUGCUGGCUCUUUAUUCAUUGCCGCCAUUUGUUUGGAGCGCUGCUUGGCUAUCCUCCACCCUAUAUGGCACAAGUGUAAGAGGCCUGCCCGUACCACUCCUCUUGCCUGCACACUGAUAUGGGCUUUGUCCUGCUUCAUUGCUUUACCAAACCUCAUCAAAUCAGAUAUCAUCAGUUUUGGCAAAAGAGGUGAUCGUUGCUUUGUGAAUGACAUUAACACAAUCAUCCUUAUCUCCACUUCUGAACUGGUCCUGAUAUUUUUGCUCCCCCUGGCUGUGAUCUUAACUUGUUCUGCUGUCAUAAUUAAUAAGUUGAGAAAAAGGGGAAAAGGUCAGAGUCAAGUUAAUCGAACAGUAUGCCUGGUGGCUUUCUUAUUCCUGCUGUGCUGGACUCCGUUUCAGAUUGGCCAGUAUAUGCACCUCAUCCAAAUGUUCUUUCUCAAAGACGAUCUGCAGUUUCAAAGUGUAGCCAGUACAAUGGGCUACUACUGCGGAUUUCUCCUGUACUUAAAUAGCUGCCUGAACCCAGCAAUUUACGUACUUAUGGGCAGAGAUAUUAAACAGAGGGUUGUGAAUUCACUGUCCUCCCUUAUGGCCAUUUUUGAAAAAGCAUUUAGUGAAUCAGAGAAUUCAACGAUGCUUAGCAGCUUGAAAACAUCAUCUAGCACUGUUCACUAG